UGUCACUCUUUUCUCAACAAAAACACUGCUUGCAAGUGAGCGAAGUGAGCCUCGCAAUUAUCCUCCGUCAGUCUCCGGCACAACAACAAAGAUUACUUAACGCGUGAGUUUAUGGAAUUGAUUUUCUGUGAUUAAUAUCAAUUCGGCCACAAUGCGCACCACAUCCACCCUCCUCAAGGUCCGGCUGCCCCAGCUGGAGAGCAAGGUUCCAUUCCAGGAAAUUCUGCCCCUCCGGCUGAAGAAUCAGGUCAGUGGCAAGACGGACAAAGGCAGUGACGUCGCUUGCCUGCAGGAAAUGGCCAUUAUGUUUUCCUGCCUGAAGGCGAACGACUUCAACGAAGAUCUCUGCCCGAAGGAGGUUUCCACGUUCAAGCGGUGCUACAAAGUUUACCUGGACAAGAAGGCUACCAAGAAGGAAACCUCCAGCAAGGGUAUCGUGGUGCCCGGCAAAGACCUCAACUACAAACAGCUGAACAAGGUUCUGAAGCAGUUUCCUACCCAACCGAGUAAGUCCUAGAUGUUGACGCAUUUGUUGUAUUUUAGUUCAUUAAAAAUCUGCACUACAAUGA